AUGAACGAAGAAUUUCGGUCCAAAAUACGAAAAACCAUAAAAGAAGAAUUUCGGUCCAAAGAUCCAAAAACAGUGAGCGCAGAAGAAGCGGAACACGAAGAGUUGCUUCGACUUUCUCUCUCGACUGGUUCAUCUUGCCAGCUUCUGCCACAGAAUCCGCCGCUGCCGCCUCCUGAAUCACCACCCCAUCAUUCUCUUUUACAACUAAUGCCUCCAUCUUCCUCAUCACCGCCAUUGUUGCACCCGUCGUGGUCGCCACCUCAACGGCCGCACCAUGAUGCUUCUUCACAGCCACCCGAAUCACAGCAGCCACAGGCGCCACCGGCGAAUCCUACGCGCACACCAGAAGGCCAAGCUGGUCCGUUCGGUGCUAGACGUUGGCGUAAAAAACACAAGGAGACGUCCAUAGAGCCACCAUAUCCAUGGGCUAAACCAAGCCGGGCCAAAGUUUUAAGCAUGGAGGAAUUAUUGUCCCGGAAUAUUACUCUAAUCAGCGGUGACGUUCAUUGCAAGGUGUGCGAGGAGCAGUACCAGAUUGACUUCGAUUUGCAGACCAAGUUCGCAGAGGUUGCUAGUUUUAUAGAUGAGACGAAGGACAAUAUGCACGAUCGAGCACCGAAAAAGUGGUGCAAUCCCGAGAACUUGGAUUGUAAGCUGUGUGGUUCUAGCAAGUGUGUGGAACCUCUUGUAAAUACCAAGAAGAGAUCCACCAAUUGGCUGUUUUUGUUUCUGGGACAAAUGAUCGGGCAUUGCAAUAUCGCUUAUCUCAGGUAUUUUUGCAAACAUGUCAACCGUCAUAGAACUGCAGCCAAAGAUCGACUGCUUUAUUCCACUUACAUGGAUUUACGCGAUCAAUUAGAUCCCAAUGCUGAUGUUCUUUAG